CAUGUUUUGAAAUGGAUUUCUAAGAGUUUGGGUGAGUGUAUAUAUACUGUACAGUUUGAGAGGCACACUAGGUAGCCAUUUGAUAAGGCGGAUCAACAAUGGCUCUGUGGGAUCAAAUGGGGCUGCUGGCAACUCUUCUCAUCUUUGGUGUCUCUCUCUCCUUUGCUUCUGCAGAGAGGCCCAUGAGAAGAUCCUUGGUGUUCCCAAUGGAAACUGACAACAGCUACGUGGAGCUGGUCCCUCAGAAGGAUCUUGACAUGGGAGCCUUCACCCUGUGCAUGCGGGUGGCCACAGAACUGGCAAAGGGUAACCGUGAGAUCAUCUUGUUUGCCUACCGUACACUGUACUUCGACGAGCUCAACAUGUGGAGAGAAGCUGACGGCAGGUACGGUCUGUUUAUGAGUGGGGAAGGGGUCUUCUUCCACCUACCUGAGCUCAACACCUUCCAGACCCACCUCUGUCUCACCUGGGACUCGAAGUCAGGUAUGGCCGCGUUCCACGUAGAUGGGAAGAGGAGCAUUAGGAAGGUGUAUAAAUCAGGACACAAAGUGCAGAAUGGAGGUAAGGUCAUCCUGGGACAGGAUCCAGACUCUUUCCUGAAGGACUUUGACAGCAAGCAGAGUUUCGUCGGAGAGAUCACAGACGUCAACAUGUGGGACUACGUGCUCUCCGAUGCCAUGAUAGAGGCUUUGCAUGUUGGGAAACGUAUGCCCAGAGGGAACAUUUUUGACUGGGAAACCAUAGAGCUCAUAGUCAAUGGGAACGUCAAGGUGAUCACUGAAGAGUUGUAAGGUGUCCCCAAGGCACCAACAACAUGCUCUCCAUCCAGGGGUGCUGCACUGCGGCCUGACCCUGUUCUCUGUGUGUCAGUGUGAUGUACGUUAUCUGAGGGAGUUAAGAAAUUACAGAAAAUUCAUAUGGAGAAUAAAGUUGUAUUAGUUUGAGACCCUGUCUCAUCUCAACAAAUAUAAAGUUCCCAACGGGCACAUAGCAUAUGUUUUUUUUUAUUUGUGUGUGUGUGGGGGUGUGUGUGGGGGGUGUUGACAUUUGAACACUGACGUAAUCGCAUAGAUAAACAGCAUCGGGCAAUCCAUUAUACUGAUAACAACGGGGGUGUGCAGAAUUUAAAGGCAAGUCGAGACUAACUGAUUCACAAAUCACCUUGCAUCAUAAAUAACUACUCAAUAUUAUUUGCAGAUCAGUCAGUCAGACACUAUUUACCUAUGAAUAGGGUGGCAGGUAACCUACCAGUUAGAGCGGCGAGGUUGCCAGUUCGAAUCCCUGGUCAAUAAGAAAACUCUGGCACGAAGUGAGCUGGCAACCAGAGGGUUGCUGGUAUCAGAUCCUAGAUGCCAUUGCCUGCCCUUGAGCAAGGCACAUAACCCCCCACAACAACAGUUCCACAGGUGCCCAGUGUGGCAGCUCCCUGCACCUCUCCAAAACAUGUAUGUGUCUAUCAGAGGGGUUGGGUUAAAAGCUGAAGUAACAUUUUGGUUGGACCUUGUGUGUUAUUGACCAAUAAAGUGAUCCUAAUCUUAAA